CCAACGCGCCGGACAGUCCCGCCCCGGUCCGUUUUUUUUCUCGAUCGCACUCUGCCCUCUAUCCACAAGGACACACGCACAAACAGCAGCAUGUCGCUUGGUUCGCAACGCAUCAUCCAUUUUCUUCGCCACUCGUCGAUGGUAAGGCCUGGGACAUGUCGCGCCAUCCUCAUCGCGAGACAUCGUUGCGUGUCCUCCGCGUCUGGAGACAGCAGAUUUCCCGCACCGACGACGGGUUCCGCUGCGCACGGGGUGACGGUGACGGAAACCAAGUCGGGCGCAGAAGACAGGCCGGGACAGCAGGGUCCCGUGACGCUAGACUUGUGCGGAGAAGUCGAAGAUGAUGUCGGAGACGAAGAGAUGGAAGAGAUGCUGCAGGAGGGGCCGGCCGGUAAGGAGUGGGGCGGCCCGACACGAGGAGGGGUGCUGGGCGAACCCACGAGAUUCGGCGAUUGGGAGCGCAAGGGGCGAUGCUCGGAUUUCUGAACAUGACGGCCAUUGUGGCGCGUUUGCACGCUGACAAAUUGUUCCGCCGGCAGUCCUGAGUCGCUUAAUAUCCCACGAGGAGCCCCAACGAGAAACUCGGGAGCUUGCCUGUAGACCGAUUGCGCGUCGGCCACUACAGCGACGUUUGGAAAGGCGGGCGUAGCGAAAAUUGGGACACGGGGGGCGAUUUGGUGUUCGCAAAAAAAAGGCCCACAACCAGGGACGGGAACCCAGGGGAACGCUUCGGUGCCCGCUCCUUCUUGCUCUCAAGACUAAUAUGAUUUUGUCAGAACGGGGCUUUCGUGCUCGUUUUAGUAUGCACACUGAUGCUAGCACGGAAAUGUUUCUAUCCUCAGGGUCACGGCUGCAGCCCCUCCAUGUGGUCUUGUGUGGUGCCUGCGCUGGGACGAUGGAAGGUUCCUGUUUGUUGUCUCUUGUAGUCCCUCAGAGCUUGCUGCGUCUUGCUAUUGGGGAGGACCUAGCACAUGAGGGUCGAGGGGCGAGAUCAACCCUUCAUGGUGUGGGGGCUGCUAGUGCCUUUCCCCUGCUACUUUUUUCCCUUUUGUUGGGAGUUGCUUCGCCCAUGUUCUCCUUGGUUCUUCCAAUCGGAAUACCGGUGAUGCCCGUGUAUUCAAAUCCCUUAGCCCUAGCCCACCCUAGGGGCUCCCAUCUGCUGCACCGGGUGGAUAGUAGACGGUCGUCUGAGGAAGUAUCCUUCCGUCACAAAUCGCUUUUGGCUCAAUCAACUCUUGACCGGGCAUCUGGUCUCCGUGGUGUUUGAUUGCAUGCUGUUUGAUGCUGGUGGUCUACGCGUGCGGUCAAAACCUACUCGGUGGCGUGAGCGUCGCGGCCGCGUUGCUUCUCGAUAUAUGAGGGAAGGGAGAUGGGGCCGUGCUGUCAACGCCUACGCGGUUUGUUUUCGUCGGGGUGUGGAGAGGAUGUGAGUAUUGUUUUUGUUUGGGGAGCCGAUCGACUUGUUCGCCCGCGGGUCGCCAUUUGCAGAUGCGAAGUACAUCUCAUAUUUGCGUCGCGCUCUCUCGCGCGUACUGUACACGUACAAGGUGUUGGCCUUUUAUUGCGUGUUUUUUUCGAUCCACGGGCACCACUGUGGUUGCUGGGACCUUGUGAUUCGAAUGAAUCGUUGUGCAGAACUGAUUUGGUAUUGGUCGUCUUUCGUGGCCUGCGUCUAUUUAGAACGGAACAUGGUUGCGUUGGACUGAGUGUGACAUGCACUUAUCUUGUCGUUGACACAUGAGGUCUUCUUGCGGAUGUGCAAGACGCGUAGCCCAUUGGCGAUCGACGAAUAAAUGGAAAAUAGCACAAAACUACUUUUCUGGCUGCAAGCGUUCGUCCUGACAGGGC